CAUCACAUGUUUCUCCCUUACAUGAUGAUGCACACCACAUGCGCGUCAUGUAUAGCUCAUAAUCUUUGCCACUGUAGCAUCUUUACUACACAAAUUCCUCCAGGUAUAUCUUACCCAUAGCUAUUCCACGCACACCUGAAGCAGUAACAACUAAUACGGUAACAGAGAGAAGAAGAAUAAGGAGGGGGGGAGAUCUCAAGUUUUUCCUCCAGCAGAAGAAAAUCCAUGGAGCUGUUCUCCGCACAACCAGAGUUAUCACUUCAGAUAAGCCCACCAAGCGGCUCUCCGUCAUCAACUUGGAGGCCGAAACCAGCAGACGAGAGCAUUGAGGUAGGAUUGUGGACAAAGCCAUCCCUCGACAGAAACAUCAACAACUCCUGCACCAGCAGCAUCCCCUUCGCUGCAGGGGUGAAGAACGUCGGCGAGCCAUCUGCUUGUCGGAACUCCCAGCAGCAGUUCCUCCAACACCCUCACCUCCCUGUCCCAUCACUGAUAGGAGGACUCCACCAGAGUCACCCCCACCACCUCUGCUUGCUGAAGCCCAUAAACGGAAUACCGGUCUACAAUCGCCCACUACCGCAUAACUUGUGUGACUCCUCGUUCGCCUCCAGCGCUUCUCUCUUCGCUCGUACCCAGUUAGGGCUGCCGAGGGCAUCGUUGUCGAGGUGCUACUUGCCGUCGAGGUUGUUACUCGGAAAGCGGGGGGUGAGAGCGCCUAGAAUGCGCUGGACCCCCACUCUCCACACCCGCUUUGUCCAUGCUGUGGAGCUCCUGGGAGGCCAUGAAAGAGCCACGCCUAAGUCGGUUCUUGAGCUCAUGGAUGUCAAAGAUCUCACCAUGGCUCAUGUCAAAUCUCACUUGCAGAUGCAUCGAACUGUGAAAAAUACCGAUCACAGGACACCACUUUCUUCAGGCCAACUCGAUGGAUUUGAGAACGGGUUAUCCAGGGAGGUGUUCGAUGUUAACUCCCCGGAGAGACCAAACCUGCGUACGGUUGGAUCAUUCCAUGGAAGGGAAAGUUGUUUCCCUGAUGAACCCACCGCAAACAAUGCUGAAACUUUUGUUGAGGGCAUGCAAGCGAAAAGCAAGCUCGAAGUGUUUUCAGAUUUGAGUCCAAGCAAAGUCAAUCUUGAGUUCACAUUGGGAAGGCCACGAUGACUUAGAUUACUCAAGACGGAUCCACUCGCAACUAAAUGACUCAAAAGAAAGUUCAAACAAUUAAAGAGACAAGAAGACAAUUGAAUCAAAACAAGAAAAGAAAAGAAAAGGUAGCGCAAGGGAGAUCAUCUUGAAGGACACAGGUGCCUGUGUCUUUGGAAAAGUUAUUAAUUAACCAACAGAUAUGUUCUAUCUAAUUAGUGUAAAGAUUUAUCGGCACAGACUUUGUGUUUAAUUUUCUUUCAUGAAAGUGAUUACAACAUUUGAUGGAUGAGCUUGAUGAUGUGUAUUUCAUUGUAUUCUCCCAAUAAAGUCAAAAGACAGUCAUUAGUGUAAGCAUAGUUCUAUAUAA